AUGCCUAUCGCGCUCACAUACAAUGAGGCGCUGCUGUUCCACCACUUUACGACGCACCUCGGUCGCUGGAUGGACUGCACCAAUGCUGCGCGCAUAUUCACGCUGAGCGUAUCCGAGAAGGCCAGGGAAUCCCCUGUCCUCUGCCACGCAGUGCUGUGCUUUGCGGCGCGCCAUCGCAGAGACGAUAGCACUGCAGAGGCGUCGUAUGAGCGCUGCGUCAAUCUGCUCAUCGGCCGCCUCGAUGGGGACUCUGCCAGCUACGACGAUAUGCUUCUCGCUGCGGUGCUGUUGCUGCAUUUUGCUGAACAGCUCAAUGUCCACACCAGCUCAGGCUCGCGCGACAAGCACCAUUUGAAAGGGACUUCAAGUAUUCUCCAUGCUUCUCGGAACAGUUCGGUUGAUCCCUCGGCGACUACGCUUCGCGACGCGGCUUUUUGGGUAUACGUGCGGCAGUGUCUCUACAACGCCACCAUCAGCCAGGAACCGCUCGACAUUGACUUCUCCAUCCAGAUUCACCCCACCGCGGACUCUAUACAAGAUUCGCAUCCGUUGGCGUGGUUGCGCCAACUUCUGCUUCACAGGCACCAGCACGCAGAGCAAAACGACGACUAUACCCCCCCCCCCCCCCAAUAA